AUGCUCAUCAACAACACAUUCCCUGGACCAACAAUUACAGCGGAUUGGGGAGACUAUGUCCAAGUGAACGUGUAUAACGAUCUGCAACACAACGGAACAUCGAUCCACUGGCACGGUAUCAGACAGUUUGGAGAGAGCAACCAGGACGGAGCAAAUGGAGUCACAGAAUGUCCCAUUCCACCGGGCUCCAUGAAGAGCUACACUUUCCAUGUCACACAAUAUGGCACUUCCUGGUACCAUAGCCACUACUCCAACCAGUACGGUAAUGGAGUUGUAGGAGCACUCAUCGUUAAAGGCCCUGCUUCGGCCAACUAUGAUAUUGACCUCGGCCCUUACAUGAUUCAGGAUUACUACCGGCAGACUGCGGAUCGUCUUCAUUAUGUUGCCGAGCUUGUCCAGAACGGUCCUCCCCCCGACAGCAGCACUAUAACCUUCCGCGGAAAGAGCAUCAACCCAACCGGCUCUGGCGGUUCGUACGACCGCCUAGUUCUCACCCCGGGAAAGAAGCAUCUACUGCGUCUCAUCAACGCCAGCGUGGACAACUCCUUUACCAUUUCUCUCGUCGGCCACAACUUCACUGUCAUCGCCACUGAUCUUGUCCCUGUCACCCCCGUGGUCCGCAGCAAGCUCUUCAUGGCCGUUGGGCAGCGUUACGAUGUUAUCGUUGAAGCCAAUCAAGCUGUAGGCAACUACUGGCUCAACGCCACGCUCGAGACCAACGGCAACUGCGGCACAACCCUGAACAAGUUCCCCGCGGCCAUCAUCCAGUACUCAGGCGCCAGCAGCACCGCUCUACCCACCAACAAAGGCACACCCGUCACCGCCGGCUGCGCGGGCGAAUCCGGUUUCGCUCCCAUCGUCAAGCGAACCAUCUCCUCCUCCCUCUUUGCCCCUUCCACCCUUCCCAUCUCACUUAACACCCCCACCAAGCCCCAAGGCCAAGUCUUCGAGUGGCGUAUCCGUAACACCCCAAUCGUUGUCGAGUGGGACCACCCUGUACUCGAGUACAUCCUCGAGGGCAACAACUCCUUCCCAGCAGCCAUAAAUCUCGUCGAAGUCCCCGCUGCCGACACAUGGACCUUCUGGGUCUUGCAAAAUGACUUUGCCCUCCCCCACCCCAUCCAUCUGCACGGACACGACUUCCUCACCCUCGGCAUCGGCACCGGCACCUUCUCCGCAAGCACAAUGAUGAACCAACUCAACUUCAACAACCCUAUCCGUCGCGACGUCGUGCAGAUCCCCGGCGGCGGAUGGCUCGUCAUGGCGUAUAAGACGGAUAACCCGGGCGUGUGGUUGAUGCAUUGCCAUAUUGGGUGGCAUGUCGCUAUGGGACUGGGGAUCCAGUUCUUGGAGAGGAAGAAUGAGAUUAAGCAGUUGAUGAAGCUCGAUCAGAUGGUGCCUAAUUGUAAGGCUUGGAGAACUUAUCAGCCUAAGAGUCCUUAUUUGCCCAAGGUUGAUUCGGGGCUUAAGAGAGGUUUGGGAGAUGGUGAGGGGGUGCGGCUGGUGAGGGAUGGGUUUAACUUCCGGGAGGUGGAUUUGGAGGCUAGGGAGCCUGCUGUUAGGAGGCUUUGGUAG